CAACCAAUUCAACUGUAAAACUAGAUUUAUUCUUUUAAACUCCAUGUACGAGGAGUAUUGAUGGGAAGUUCUUGGUUGCCUCGUUCAGAGCGCCCAAUGUGGUUCUUUGAGUUCUUAACUGUCUUACUCCUUUCAUUGUUCAACUAAAACAAAUUUUAUUCUUCUGCACUUUAGUUGGUUGCAUCGUUCAAUGCGCCUGCUACUAUGUCAUGGUCUGCGUCUUAUUCAUCAUUCCUAAUUUUCCAUUACUUUCGCAUCUGCAUUCAUCAUUCCACGCGCGCAUCUGCAUUCAUCUUAUCUAUCUUAUUUCACUCACUAUUCAACGUUUCAACAUUCUUCUCCCAAAAUAAUAUUAUUUUUUAGAACUGUAUAAGGAAACUAUAUCCGAAGCAAGACAGCAAUAUCCUAAAAGAUAUAAAAUAUUAGGGUUUUAUCGCAAGGGACAGGCAGAAAUUCCCUUAAAAGGCUUUCUGUAAAAUCUACUACAUUCUCUCUGAAAACAGUAUCCAUUCGUCAGAAGUUGCCUGCAUUUGACAGCUUUUCCUUUCGAAAAUGGCAUUUAAGAUAGAAUAUGAGUGGUUCUUUGCAGUAAUGAUGGGAAUGGCGAUCAUCAUGUUUGCUGGAACUGGCAUGGCUACUGCAGAAGACACAGAAGGAUCGAAAUCACUGCUCUCUAUGACACAAGCUACUACUCAGGCGCCAUUUCAUGUCCACUCGGCAAGAAUAACAGAAAGGAAAUCACGGCCGUCGGAUAGUGUUGAAACUGUAUUAGCUGAGAUGCCGAUAACUGAGCAGGCGGCUUUGAGAGACGCGAUCUUCUUCUUGUUCUUUUUACUCUUUCUCACUUCUCUGGCUAUUCUCUGCUUAUUCUCUGCAUCAAAGUUAUAGUAACUUGGCGUUCGAUUUAGAAGCACUCUGGGAUAUCAUCUUUUUUUUUUCCCUAUUUUGAAACAAUCCAUUUCUUCAAUUUUAUGCAAAAUGCCAAGGUCUGCUAUAAAUUCUUGUUCCCUGAUUUUGAAAUGCAUUUAAGGCAAGGAAGCCAGAAAUCGGCUUUGACUUGAAGUCAAUGUUUGCUAAAUUUAUCCCAGACGGUUCAACUUGAUAAGUUUUACUUCAA